AUGUUGUUCAAAACUUUGGUUUUAUUGGCUGCCUUCCAGGUGGUUUUAGUGUCGGGUUCCCCUGAAUUUGUGGGUAUUGGUAGAGGGCUGGCGACUUCUACUAGCUCUGCAGACUGAAGAACCUGCAUUAAUAAUAGUGCUCAGAGAUGGUGUGCUUCCACUGGCACAGAACAGACUAUUGGAGAGUGAUGCAAUUCAGGAGAUACUACAGGAUAUUGUGCCUCAAGUAGUUCAGGAAAUAGCUAUGUUUGAUCCAACUCCAACAGCAUUGAGAGUAUGUCUUCUAAUUAUAACGGAGGCCUCAUACUAUGUCCUGUUGAUGGUACUAUUUGAGGAGUCAGAAGUUAUUCUCUUAGUGACAGAUCGAAGAGAUAUAUAUUGAAGUCCUUAUCAAUUACUUCAAAUGUAGUAUGUUCAUAUAGAUUAUUCACAACCAAUGGAGAUGUUUCAAAGGUCAAGGUAAAGGCGAAGUCAUUGGCCAAUAUGAAUGCAACUCUAUUCACAGGGCCGAGAGGCAAGAAUGAGUACAAGUAUGUAGCUCGAUUGGCAGUAGAUACUGAAGUGGGACCGACCUUUGAUACUUCCACUGACAUCUACAUUGUCUUUGAGCCUUACACUUCAGCCAACAGUAACUCCAUACAGGGAGUUAUCCAUUUUCAGAUAGGAGAUGGAGAUAAAUUAGGAGUUGUUGUUAUCGUAGUAGUGGUCUGAAUCUGCUGCUGUUGCAUUUGCUGCUGAGUUGUAGUUGGGAUUUGCAUUUGGAGAGCAAGGAAGAAGGGAAAGCAUGACAAGAAGGUAGACAAAGAUAAUCCUAACCCAGAACCAUCUUACGAUAACUCACAAACCAGAAGACAUGUUCGUAAUGAGACCAGACAUCAGUUGAGAAAAAAGGACAAAAACACAACAUCAUCUGCCAUAAAGACUGAGAAGGAUCCUGAAAAAGAAGAAAGUUCCUCCUAUCAUCUUCCCCCGAUUAGGAACAUGUACAACAGGCCAAAUAGAUAUAAUAAGAAAUACUAAGAAAUUAUAGAGAAGUAUGUUAUGGCUGUAAUCUUUAGAAAUCAAGUUGUCUCAGAUAUAUGGACCAAGUAUCCUGAGUAAACAAACAGAUUU